AUGGAUUGGUUUCGAUUAUUCUGGUCUGCCCAUCUUUUCCUUGUAAUUUCAAUUGCUCAUUUUGCUUCAAGAAUUCCUUCCAAAAUGACUCACAAACCUGCUCUUUUUUCUCCCAUCAAGGUCGGCGCCAUGGCCCUUAAACACCGUGUUGUCAUGGCUCCACUCACACGUGGCCGAGCAACUAACCCGGAACUCGCGCCGACCCCAGAUAUCGUGGAAUUUUACGCACAACGCGCAGCCACUCCAGGCACAUUAUUAAUUGCAGAAGCCACCUAUGUAUCCGAGCGCGGGGCCGGUGUGGCCAAUCUGCCGGGGAUCUGGUCACAAGUUCAAAUUGAGGCAUGGCGCCUGGUGACGAAGGCUGUGCAUGCACGGGGGUCAGCGAUAGUAGUACAAUUGUGGGCGUUGGGUCGGUGUGGGAGCCGCAAAUGGUUGGCUGAGCGGGGGUUUGAUUUGGUAGGUGCGUCCAGUGUACCUGAGUUGACGGGUGAGGCAUUAGAGUACUCUGGGUUGACUGUGGAUCCGGACGAGAUUGGGGUAGUUCCUAGAGAACUGUCAACUGAGGAGGUGCGUCAGUAUGUACGGGAUUUCGCACAAGCUGCUAUCAAUGCUCGAGAGGCCGGGUUUGAUGGAGUAGAAAUUCACGCAGCCAACGGGUACCUUUUAGACCAGUUUCUGAGUGAGGAAACAAACAAGAGGACAGACGAGUACGGUGGUAGCGUUGCAAACCGGGCACGGCUCACGCUAGAAGUGAUUGAUGCAGUGUCAGCAGCCAUUGGUGCAGACCGGACUGGGCUGCGGAUUAGUCCGUUUGGAGUUCUUUCUCGGGACGAUCCAGGGGCCGUGGAGCAACAUGCUCAUAUUCUUGCGAUUCUCGAGCGGCGGGCACGAGACGGAGACCCAUUAGCAUAUGUGCACACAAUUGAGCACUGUGAGCAUGGACGGUCAGCUGCGACUGGUGCGCAUAUUAUUAUUAGAAGGGCAACAGAUUUUGUGGGCACAAUUUGGCGCGGGGCAUGGAUCCGGACUCAAGGGUUUGACCGGGAAUCAGCGUUAGAGAUAGCCGAUACAGAUCCACGAGUACUGGUAGGGUUUGGCCGAGGGUUCAUAGCUAACCCGGACCUGGUGAAACGACUGCGACGGAACCUGCCAUGGAACGAGUUGGAUGAGUCGACGUAUUACACUGGCGGGGCUCAUGGGCUGACCGACUAUCCUGAGUAUGAGGGUUAG